AGUCACUCAAUAUAAAGGUACUUUAUCAUAUUGUAUUCAGAGGAAACAAAAUUCAUUGAACAUUUGCAAAAUCAUCACAGGAAAAAGCCAUGGCUCAAGCAAUGUUGCUAACUGCUAGUGUCCCUUCUAGCCAUGCAGGUGACCUCAAGAGAUCAGAGCCAUUGCUUCAAAGGAUUAGACCAAAACCAAUCUCUCAUUUGUUCUUUUCCCCUCUUCCCACUUCAUCUUCCUCUUCAUAUUGCCCUCUUACAACCGUUGCAGUCUUCAAGUCAAAAACCAAGGCUCCUGCCAAGAAGCCUGCAGCUGCUACCAAGCCAAAGGAAAAAGUUGAGGAUGGGAUUUUUGGCACUUCUGGUGGAAUUGGAUUCACCAAGGAAAAUGAACUAUUUGUGGGUCGUGUCGCUAUGCUUGGAUUUGCUGCAUCCAUAUUGGGAGAAGCUAUAACAGGGAAAGGAAUUUUGGCACAACUGAACUUGGAAACUGGGAUUCCAAUUUAUGAGGCUGAGCCUCUUCUUCUGUUCUUCAUCCUCUUUAAUCUACUUGGAGCAAUAGGAGCUUUGGGUGACAGAGGUCGUUUUGUGGAUGAUGCUCCUGGAAUUGAGGGAGCCGUUGUUCCUCCUGGCAAAGGGUUGAGGAGUGCAUUAGGGCUCCGUGAAGGAGGUCCUCUAUUUGGAUUCACCAAAGCAAAUGAGCUUUUUGUUGGAAGAUUAGCCCAGCUGGGCAUUGCUUUCUCUAUAAUUGGUGAAAUCAUUACAGGGAAAGGAGCUUUGGCACAACUCAAUAUAGAGACUGGUGUUCCAAUUACUGAAAUUGAACCCCUAAUUAUAUUCAAUGUUGUCUUUUUCUUCGUUGCAGCAAUAAAUCCAGGAACAGGGAAAUUCGUGACUGAUGAGGAAGAUGCAUAACUGGAUUUAGAAUUGUGUAACAACUUUUAUAUAAGGAACCUGAGUUCUUUUUCUUCAUUAUAUAUAAAUAUAGAUGUGUUGUAUAGCCGUUGUUAACUUCAAUGGUAGGGAUCAAACUAGUUUCCUUGAGUGUGCACAUGGCAUGAAUGAUUUCAGUCAGAUUGUCAGGGAUAAAUUAACUAUUGUGGCUUCCAAUUUUAGGCUUGAUUAUCAAGAUCAAAAAAAUUCCAUCACUGAUGUUCUGUUGAA